UUAAAGCCAGCUAACGCUUGUUCGCCCGUCACCUAAUUCAGACCGUGCAUUUACCGUGUUUAAAAUUCAAUUUACAUUGGGAAAGUAAUUUUGUAAGAGUUCUGUAAAAUUAUGAGUUACUUUAAUACUGUAAAUUAAUGACGCUACUUUCUACGUCACGCGGUGAAGAAACAACACGAAAUUGCUUAACAUUGUUUUAGAAUUUCUCCUCGCUCGUCGAACCCUAUCGGUGUCGUACAAUAGAGAUUUAAUGCUAAUUUUGUUUGGAUUACAACCAUAUAUGUCUGUUAUGGCUUAUUCGAUGAGCUCCAGACUUUUCUUGUAUCGGCGUUGGUUUUCAAGAAUAAACAGAGGUAUCCCUACCAGCGACCGUGGUCAAAGAAGUUUGUGUCCGUGUCAAGGUGAAAGAUCUUUGUCUGGACAAACAAACUCUCCUUGGUGGAAUGCAACUAAGGGACUUUUCUCCUGGGGUGGUGGGGCAGCUGCGGAGCAGCAGACCCUGAAAGGCAUUGCUAAGAACAUGCUAGAGCAGAAGUAUAAGAGAGUGGUGGUGAUGGCAGGGGCAGGGAUUAGCACUCCCAGUGGCAUUCCCGAUUUCAGGUCCCCGGGAAACGGUCUCUAUGACAACCUGCAGCAGUAUAACCUGCCUUAUGCUGAGGCUAUUUUUGAAAUUGCCUUUUUUCAUCACAACCCUAAACCAUUCUUUACCCUGGCUAAAGAACUAUAUCCUGGAAAUUUCCAGCCUAAUCUUACUCACUAUUUUGUGCGACUGCUUCACAAGAAGGAUCUGCUCCUCAGAAUGUACACACAGAAUAUUGAUGGCCUGGAAAGAUUGGCUGGGAUUCCUCCUGAGAUGCUCGUGGAGGCCCACGGUACGUUUGCUACGGCCACAUGUACUGUUUGCCGAAGUAAAUAUAAGGGAGAGGAUCUACGUCCAGACUUGAUGAGCGGAGUGAUUCCCAAAUGCUUGACCUGUAAGGGCGUUGUAAAACCAGACAUAAUAUUUUUUGGAGAGGAACUGCCGCCUCACUUCUUCAAGUACCUCACAGACUUUCCUCUUGCAGAUCUCCUGCUCAUCAUGGGCACAUCACUGGAGGUGGAGCCCUUUGCCAGUCUGGCUGGAGCUGUGCAUAGCUCUGUUCCUCGACUGCUCAUCAACAGGGACUUAGUGGGUCCAUUUGCAUUGAGAAACAAUCGACCUUGUGACGUUGUGCUGCUGGGUGAUGUAGUGAGUGGCAUCCAAACUUUAGUCAAUGCCCUCGGUUGGACUCAGGAGCUUGAUGCUCUGAUGGCAGCAGCUGCUGACAAAACUAUAACAAAGACAAAUGAAGAAUAAUAAGAAAAACAGCAUUCAGAGGAUCAACACUUCUCCAGAUGAUCACGUGGACUACUUGAAUUAUGAAAUGUAAGUGUCAAUAAUAAAAGCCAAAUAAUAAUAAUAAAAUCAGACAGAUCAAAAGACGUAAGGUCUAGAGCAGAUGGCUUAUUGUACUGUACUUAACAUUUUAUAGCUUUAAAACAGCACAUAAUUCAUCAUGAUACAGUGGAACCUCGAUUUAAGGGUCUAAUAGGGGUGGGGAGUCGUCUGUUACAGCCGAUUGUCCGUUAUAUUGAAGCUUUUUGUGGUCAUAUGCAUCCAUAUUACUUUUUUUGUGGCCUAAAACGCCCACAAAGUUAUUGUAAAGAAAUAUGAUAAAGCUUGAAAAUGUUGAAAAUGUUUUGAAUUGUAUCCAAACUUAGCACGCUGGUGUACUUUUUGUCGUAGUGACUAGUGGCAAGUCGGGGGGGUCGCUUUCAUGAGCCACGAGGAAUUAGUGCUCUCUCUCUGCGCAGAGCUCUAUGCGACAAUAGAUAGAACUCCUGCCAUCAUGGCUGUUACAUCAAUGCAUUGUUGCAUGUCGCCAUAUUCAACACGGCCACCAGAGCGCCACGAGCUACUCUUUUGGCUGGAACUAGUCACACUGUAUAUCUGUGACCCAGAAAUACAUGUCUUCCAUUUGCUGCCUAUAUUGCAUCACAGCGCCCGUAAACGACAGCAGCCAAUUUUGGAACUAACAGACUUUGUCAACAAUUGACACUAUUUUUGUACACAUUGUUCUGUCCUGACGGUCCGUUAUAUUUGAUAUCCGUUAUAUUGAGGUCCCUUUAAUCAAUAUUCCACUGUAUACAAAAACAGAUACACUCGGAUCAAAUCCAUGAGCUCCAUUCCCUGAUUUUCACUUAAGUAACAGGUUCGCAUCUCAGAUGGUAGCUUUUUUUUUUCCACAGCAAGUACCCCACCAGUGUUGAGGAGUAACAAACUACAUUUAAUGAGAUUACGUAAUUAAAGUUAUUGUAAUCCAUUAUAUUACUGUGAUAAAGUAUGGAAUUAAAUUUGUUGCUUUUAGAAUUUUGGAUUAUUACAAUUUUCGUUACGUUUGAAAAAUCACCACUUCCACCUUCUAAAGCAGAUGCAUAUGAUUGGCUCUUUAUGGUCUCGGCAGUCAGCUGUAAGUUUAAAACAAUGUUGCAGGUGCACAAGAUGUUCACGGGUUGGAAAUAGAAUAAAUACUUCAUACAGACAAAAGAUAACGGCCCGAACAUAUUAGUGCAGUGCAAAGAGUGUUUUCCGGCAGUGAAGGUGCUGUCCAUGUCAGAACAGUUUAUGUCAAAUCUGAGGACACAUUUACAGGUGCGUAGCCUACUAGUUAUAGGCUAGCGGUAACUGCAAGCACUCACAUACAACAAAAUUUCCUUCCUUGUGUCUUUUGAUGCCUAGCAGGUUAAAUAAUGAUGACAAAGUCUGCUUUAGUUUCAUAUCGUUUAUGAUGCAAGAGCAGUGUUAUGAAGUAGUUGUAGCUCUCAAACAUGACAUCGUUUCUGUAAAAAGAAAAGAAAAAAAAACUUAAAGCGCCACCUUGUGGUGCAAUCUAUUAGUUUAUCUGAGAUUUUCAAAGGGUAAAAUCAUAAUUUACUGUCUAAAAUUAUGAACAUUUAAAAGAACAUUUGACUUUUUGUUUAUAAUUUUUUACUAAUAUCCACAUGCUUGAUGUAUAGUGUGUGGGCAUAUUUUAGCUUUGUGCUGUUCUGUUGGCAGUUUAGAGAUAAAGUGCUUAAUUUAAUUUGCAUAGCCUGUUGAAAGUCUUGUGUGAAGGUUUAUAGAUAAGGCAAUGAAAAAUGUUCUCUGACGUGUACUCUGCCGCUGUUUUUACAGUAAAAAAAAAAUUAUUGAAGUUCAAUAUUGUGCGUGUAGUCAUUUAUUGUAUCGUCUUUGUGUAGUCUAAAGUAGUGCUGAAAGAUUUUAACACUAUCAGGUCGGAAAAUAUGAAAAUGAUUAACACUUGAGACGAGCUUUUGUUAAAAAUUAAGAAAAGUAAUCAAAAUGUUAUCAAACGUAAUCACAUAUAUUACUUUUAGAAAGUAACUGAAAUAGUUACAUUGCCAUUAGAUUUUCAACAGAUAACUUGUAUUUGUCACCAAUUACAUUUACAAAGUAACCUGCCCAACACUGUACAUCACACCAUUCGAUUGAAGAGGAUCACAACAUCGUGAUUAAAGUGAGAGAAAUGAUCCAGUUUCACUUAAUUUGUCUGAAAAGGAUUAUUUAUUCAUUACAAAUAUAUCUUUGUUUAGCUAUCUAUGCCAGCGAUGUAUAGUGACAGGUAGAACCAUUAAAUGCACUUCCAUUCGAUGGCAGAAGGUACAAUAAACCUGUGUAUCUACGUUACCAUUCAUACAACAACACGUGGUGGCUUCCUGAGAGCAUGUCAACUUUGUGUCCAAUAAACAGGUUUCACAGUGAGCAAGUCAAUUUGUGAGGGAAUUGAGAGAUCAUAAUUUCAGUAUUCAUUAUUGUUGUGAUAUUUUUCUUCGAGGUAUGCCAUGAGAUUUUUUAAU